AAUGACCCUCAAUAGUUAGUUUCGGGUCUGAACCGUUUGUUUUUUCUCUUUGAUUUAUUAUUAUUAUUAUUAUAUUAUAUUAUAUUAUAUUAUAUUAUACUUUUUCGUUCAUUCGUUCGUUUAAAAAUCUAGGGAAAAAAAAUCUAUUAUUUGAUACAUUGUUAACACAUUUUCUCUUUUUUUUUUUCGGUGUUGGGACACCGCAAAGUAAAAGUACACACACGUACGUACGUACAUAUAUACGUACAUACAUACAUACAUACAUACAUUUACGUAUACCAAUAAAUAUUUUUUGAGGAAAAUAUUCACGCAGUCGGGCAGAACCAAUGCAAAUGAAGUUUCACGGAAUAAUAGGCGUUAUUAUCCCUCCGUAUUAUCAAUGCUAAAAUAUGGGACAGGAAUGGAGAAAAAGGAAAGUAAUUCGCGGUUCGUUGCGACUUCUGCUAUCUGACCCUUCGAUAAACUUUCGGCACAAGCUAAAAAGUAAUAACACUUAGCAAUAAUUACAUUAAAUGUCAUUAAAUACAAUUUAUCGAGCAACAGUUUCACUUGUCGAUGUUCAUACUAUAAUCUAACAUUAUUAUUAUGUGUACCCCUUGUUUUGCCAAUUCGUUGUAAAUGUUUAUGCUAUUUUUUUACGCGUUACGCAUAUAUUUGUUGAAAAGAGCAGCGAAUCCACAUUUCCUCCUUCGUCCAACCUUCCUGUUUGCUCCUCUUUUCUAAAUAACGCUGUAAUUCGUUGCGAGAAUUAUCGAACGAAUACCGAACGGAAAGCAGUAUUUUGGUCUUCCGCAUCGGUGUUGUAAUAUGCAUGUGAGGAAAAAAAAAACGAGCGUGGAUGUUUUAGACGUGUGAUGUGUACGCCUUAAAGUGGUGAUGAUGGUGAUAAUGAUGAUCAUGAUGAUAACUGUCAGAGAACUAUUUAAAAAGAGUAUAUACAUAUAUAAAGAGAGAUAUAUUACGCGAGAGGGAAUGCGAGAAGCUGCGUCUGAUCUUUUUUCUUUUUUUGUCGCGACAGGCGAGAGCAUUCGUCGAGCUUCUAUUUUGCAAACCAGGCUCGUACUCGUAGUCGGUAUUUACGAAAAAAGAAAGAAAAGAAAAAAAAAAGCAAAAAAAAAAAAAAGAGAAAAAAGAAGCAUAUCUACACAUAUAUGUAUAACGAACGUUAUAAACUACGUUAAUGUAAUGGGGGGAAUGAUACGAUGAUAAUCUUUUUUAGCUUCCGUCAGCCCGGAAGCACGAAAUUUUUAUUCGCGCGCACAAUUCUGUUUCUUGCGUCCAGUUAGCUCGCUGUUGUGCAAGGAGCAUAACGUUCAACUUUGAUAUUACGCACGCACGCAAAUGAUCACGUUGUAUCAAAAGUACCAACCGAGUGGAAGCACGGUUUUCGAAUUUUUGAGACAUUGUGCUCGCAGAUUCGUGGACAGUUCGAUGAUGUGUACGUUCAUAUGAAAAAUAUGCGGGCAUCGUAUGCAAUUCGUCGUAUAAACGGGGACAAUUAAAUUUUUGGGAAGAGAAGAUUGCGAGGAUCGUCGACGUGCCUUAAAAUAGGGGGAAAAAAAAAAAAAAAAAUGACAAGACGAACUUCUUAACUCUAACGAUGAUGUGUGCAAAAGCAAUCGAGAAACGAUAGUGUUACACUUUUUUUUUUUUCCACUUUCCACGCAUUGUGACUACCUUACUUCUUACGUUUUAGUUUUAUACCAUUAUUGUAAUAGCUCUAUUAUUAUUAAUUAUAUUAUAUUAUAUUAUAUUAUUAUUAUACUAUUGCUACUGUCAUCGUCAAAUAACGUUUAUUAUUUUAUUUUUAAUUUUAACUAUAGCAUCGGGUAACUAGAUAGCGCUGUAAGGUGCGUCAAGGGCUUCAAAAGGGAAUCGCAGACAAGAAAUGGUCAAACGAAACGCAAGCAAACGGUUAUUUGUAUUCCUUUUUUUUUUUCCUCCGUAAACGUGAACACAUUUUAUUUCAAGCGUUACAGUGCUGUUUACAUGCUUGCGACAUGAACGCAACGCCUUCUAAUUUCCACUUUUACUUCGUCGAAGUAGAAUUGUAACAUGUGUAUUGUCACGGUGUUCUGGCGAAUAGAUCUAUUUAUAUUUACCACGGUUGAAUCUAAAUUUUAUUCGUGCGUUUUCCCUCUCGUUGCAAAUCCAUGGGGGAGAUGGGUGGGGGAUGUAGCAACUCUCUCUUCUAUUUGUCUAUUGCCAGAACAUUGGAGUUUUCAUUUUCGUUUGCUGCGGAUGAAAUUCGCAGUUUAUACAUUUGCACGUUUAGUAUCUAUCGGUGAAAGAAGAAAGCACGGGCAGAAAUAACCGUUUUGAAUAGACGGAGAAAAAGGAAAGAAGAAAGUCCAACCUGCGUAUAUUAUAGUAACUCUUACUUACAAUGUUUAUUGAGAACGCAUGUAAUGCAAGUGAAUUUUAGCAAAUUCACGUUCACCGUAAUGUUAAAAUGAUGUACACGUAUAUAUAUAUAUAUAUAGGUACCAGUAAUGGCACUUUUCAUUUGCACACUCGAUCACGGAUGUAUCGCACACGGCACUCUGUUUCGAUAGAAGAAAGAAGCGGUACAUGAUUUCGUUAGUGACGCUAAACGUAACGAAACGUAUUCAUGCAGGACGUUGAAACUACGAAAGUAUGAUAGGCGUAAUCGUAAGCUUUUUUUUUUUGCAAUAGAGAAGAAAAGAAAUUGCGAAAACUAUUAGCAGAUAUAGGCGUUGCGAAUACAGAAAAAUUUAUUAUAUUAUAUAUAAAUAUUAUAUUAUAUUAUAUAUUAUAUAUUAUAUUAUAUUAUAUUAUAUUAUAUUAUAUUAUAUUAUAUUAUAUUAUAUUAUAUUAUAUUAUAUUGUACGUUCACCCCGUUCAAGGGUGAAAGCGCGAAACAAGCAAAAAAAAAAAAGAAAAAAAAGAAAAAAAAAAGAAAGUUAUAUACAAUAAUAAUAAAGAAAAUGAAGCUAUACGUUCGCACGCAUUAUCGUCGGUCGUCGUUGGCUGUACAUUUGCUACAGUGUACGCACACAUGUACCUAUUAUUAUCGAUGCCUGAUGGCGAUAAGGACGAUAACAAUUUAAUAAUUAUUAUUAUUAUUUUUAUUUGUUUUUAUCUAAUUGUAGUUUCUUUGUAACUCUUUGUGAUAUACAACUGCAAUAGUCUAUCCGACCGUUUACUUCUUGUAUCGAUUAGCGGAUAACCUUCAUUAAAGGAAGACAGAGAAACACACGUCUCUCCGUUUAGCCGAUCGUCCUUUCUUCUCGCGUAUGGAGAAUAUACGCUAUUCACUGUGCGUCAGAUCAGUCGAACCGGUGCAUAUUUUCAAUUAAAUCGCUCGAUCGAGUAUCAAAAGUCGGGCAAAGACUUCUCGCCACUUGUCGGUGGAAAAAAAAUUCCAAUUUUCGAACGUGACGAAACGUUCGAGAUCUCCUUUGUGUCCCAUUGUGAAAGCGACCGAAACCGAUUAUCCCCCCCUCUGACUAAUCUCUAAAACCGAACACUGUACUAACACUCCUGUUGUGCCUGUUCUCUUUCCAUGUCUGGCCAGACAAAUCGUCGAGUCUGCCGAGCGACAUCACGUUCGAGAUAUGCACGUCGUCGUCCUCGUCGUCGCCGCCCUCCUCGACGACGGCGAUGAAGAGCGAGGGGCACACGACGGACAGCAAGUACGUCAAGUCCGAGCAAGUGGUUAGCGGGAUGCACUUCCUCACCGACCGGGCGGAGGAUCGUGGUGGCCUGUUGCUACCGAAGUCGGAGUCGGGAGAGACGGAGCCGGAGAUCAGGAAACAGGUCACCCAGCCGGCGCCGCUGUUCAAGUGCCACAGCUGUAACGCUUACUUCAAGUCCCGCAAGGGUUACAUCGGCCACCUGAGCUCCCGCCACUCCGACAACGAGAACGACGAGAACAGAGAGGACCAGCCGACCAACAAGAAGCCCCGGAAGACCUCCGACGUUGGGAAAGGGCCGGAUUGGGAGCAACAGAGAGAGAAGGAAGAGAAGCUGGUGGCGGACAUAAUCGAUCGGGUGAAGAGGGAGUGCGAGGCUCAGGGUGAAACGGUGACAAGACGAGGCUACUCCAGGCGAUCCACCGUGAUGAACAGCUAAGGAAUGGACAAAGAGACGGAUAAAGGGAAAUCUUGUGCCAUAUCAUCGUCGUACGAUGUCUUUCUCGUAACGCGGCUCGAGGAGCGUCCAUCAGACGCGCGCAGACCGAUCCUCACCGACGUUCGAUCUCUCCGCUGACACCUACACUCCUUCGGAUAAGCGAUGUUCAAGACGUUCUUAGGAGUCACUUAUUAAGAUCAAAUUUAGGAUUAGUUCGGACACUUGUUCUAUGCUCAAUUGUUAUGUCAAAAAAAAAAAAAAAAAAAAAAGA